AUGGCGGCAACAGCUGAUCUGGCGAGGUCAAUGAAUUUUUCAUCUUCCGGUAGGAGGAGCUGGGCUUCCGCUAGUACCAGGGAGGCUUUCUCGGCGGCACCAGGAGGUGGUGAUCAUGCUUUUGCCGCAAGUGGGUGGCACGACGAUGAAGAAGAACUCAAAUGGGCUGCUAUUGAGAGACUACCUACAUACGAUAGAUUAAAGAAAGGAAUCUUGAAACAAGUUCUUGAUAAUGGACGAGUCGUUCAUCAAGAAAUCGAUAUUACAAAUCUUGGAUCUCAAGAUAAGAAACAGCUCAUGGGAAGUAUACUCAAAGUUGUAGAAGAAGAUAACGAAAAGUUUCUAAAUAGAGUUCGAGCUAGAACCCAUAGGGUCGGGAUUGAUAUUCCAAAGAUCCAAGGACUUCUUCGAUUCUUUAAGUUUAUUCCAUCCAAGAAAAGGGUGGUCAAAAUCUUGCGUGAUGUGAGUGGGAUUGUAAGGCCAUCGCGGAUGACGUUACUUCUUGGGCCUCCUGGUUCUGGGAAGACGACAUUGCUGAGGGCACUUGCCGGAGUAUUGGAUUCAGAUCUCAGAGUCGGUGCCGGAGAAGUUACUUACUGUGGUCAUCGGAUGUCUGAGUUUAUUCCUCAGAGGACUUGUGCUUAUAUUAGCCAACAUGACGUUCAUCAUGGUGAGAUGACAGUUAGGGAGACAUUUGAUUUUGCUGGUCGGUGUCUUGGUGUAGGAACCAGGUACGACCUCCUGGAAGAACUUUCACGACAUGAGAAAAAUGAAGGGAUUAAACCGGACCCGGAAAUCGACGCUUUCAUGAAAGCGACUGCAGUAUCUGGUCAAGAUUCUAGCUUGGCUACAGAUUAUGUUUUAAAGAUUCUUGGAUUAGAUAUUUGUGCUAAUAUCAUGGUAGGUGAUGAGAUUAGAAGAGGAAUCUCAGGUGGAGAGAAGAAACGUGCUACUACCGGAGAGAUGUUGGUUGGACCUGCAAAAGUGUUCUUCAUGGAUGAAAUUUCAACUGGUUUAGACAGUUUAACAACUUUUCAAAUCGUCAAAUACAUGAAACAACUGGUUCACAUAAUGGAUGUAACCAUGAUCAUUUCCCUUCUUCAACCCGCACCAGAAACAUUUGAGCUAUUUGACGACAUCAUACUCCUCUCUGAAGGUCAAAUCGUCUACCAAGGCCCAUGUGAAGACAUUCUUGCUUUCUUUGAGAGUGUAGGGUUCAAAUGCCCAGAAAGGAAAGGAGUUGCAGACUUUUUGCAAGAAGUUACUUCAAAGAAAGACCAAGAACAAUACUGGUUCAAAAGAAACGAACCUUAUCGUUACAUCUCAGUAUCUGAAUUCUGUCAGCUUUUCAGCCGGUACGAAACUGGUGAACGCCUUUAUCACGAUCUUGCCUUCCUUAUGACAAAACCCAAAUGCAUCCGGCUGCUUUGGUGA